UUUUCUUUUAGAACUCCUCAGGAGACCCAGAUUGUAAUUAAGUGACAAGCAACAUUUUUCCCAUGCUGUUAUGGUUUUGUGAUUUUUUGUUGUCGGUAUUCCACAUCAUUACAUCAUGUAAGUCUGAACCAAGUCUGAGGAAGAUAACCCAGGGACCUAGAUUUUAUUUGGAAUGGCUACCCAGAAGAAAACAUAUUGCACCGGGCAUAGAUAAUUCCUGACAGGUGACGUUUAGUCCCAUUUGCCAAGAACGGUUUUCAGCAAGUAAGCAGAUAAACGUGACAGAAAGGAGCUGAUCUGUACCAUCUUGGAAGAAAAACUUUCAACCUGUGUCAGUGCUCAGUUUCCACUGCACUUGGGGCUCUUUGUGAGGAGUCAGUCCAGUUGUGGACAUUCCUGAAAAAAUCCAUCUUUGACAAUAUGUUUCCCAAGUCCCUCAUUUUAAAUCCUCUGUGAAUUUACUGGGGGUAAAUUACCCCAUCGUCCUAUCAUUAAUGAAGGUGUUACAGAAGACCAGACCCAGUAUUCACCUCCUGGGUACUCCAUUCAUUACUGGCCCCUCCCCCCAGAGAGAAUCAACAUAUUGAUGAAGUUACAAUACAUUGCUAAGUCUGCUUGUGCAGCCCUGGUCCAGCUGGCUAAGCAAGCAGUUUUACAAGACCAGCUUUAGCAAAGUGACUGUACGCUGUGUUAUCCUUAGGAGUCAAAGACUUAACUGGCAUACCUUAAAGAACUGUUAUUAAACUGGUAAGCCACAGUGGUGGAACAAUCUGUAAAGCUUACAGAACAAGUGUUUAAAGGGUGCUAAGAGUGAUAUUUCAACAUAAUAACUGUCACUGCUGGAAGCUAAUGCUGUCUGUGCUCUGAAAACAAUUAAUGAAUAAUUUUACUGCUAUUUACUAUGCAAAACUUACUUCACAUUCUACCCUCUCCCCCUUCUGUUUCCAUUUGCUGCAUGAAGACUGUGAGUGAGUUGAAAAGGGACUUGAAAACAGAGAAGGGUGAUUUAAACUCAGCACCAGGAGGGCUUUAAUGCAUGCAGGAAUGAUAGCAUGUUGAAACACAUCAUCUACAGGGCUGUACAACCUACAUUCUGUAGGAGCUGGAACUCAAGCAGGCACAAGGGUGUUGGAGAGCUUAUCCUGCCUUGGGAACGCUUUUUAGGUCUCUCUUCUAUGGUGGGUAUGUGUUAGUCAACUAGCUAGCAAGGAUCAAAUAAUUGUAGCAUACAUCAGAAAAAUCCUACAGAGCAUCUUCUGUGGUGAUGAGUUUACAUGCAGUGCCAGUGCAUUAAUGGGCUUUAACAUGCCUGAUUGGCCCCACCUGGGGCCCCUCCCGGGGCUGGAGUUUGAGGGUGGGCAGCAGUCCCUUUGAACUGGGCCUGUGGCUCUUUUGUGAUACUGACUUCAUAACACGGAAUCAUAGAAUCACAGCAUGGCUUGGGUCGGAAGAGACCUCAAAGAUCAUCUAGUUCAAAUCCCCCCUGCGAUGGGCUGGUUGCCUCCCACCAGAUCAGGCUGCCACCAGCCCCAGCCAACCUGCCCUUUGGCACCCCUAGGGAUGGGGAAUCCAACAGCUUCCCUGGGCAGCAGUGCCAGGGCAUCACUGCCUUCUGAGUAAAAAAUUUCCUCCUAACAUCUAAUCUAAAUCUCCCCUUUCUUAGUUUAAAGCUAUUUCCCCUUGUCCUGUCACUGUCAGAGCCUGUAAAAAGUUACUCUCCAUCUUAUUUAUAAGCUCACUUUAAGUACUGAAAGACUGCAAUCAGGUCUCCCUGAAGUCUUCUCUCCUCCACACUGAGCAAUCCUGCUCCCUCAGCCCUUCUUCAUAGGAGAGGUGCUCCAGCCCUCCCAUCAUCUUUGUGGCCCUCCUCUGGAUCCAUUCCAGCAAAUGCAGCAAUGCAUUUUUCCUGUGAUGGGGGCCCCAGACCUGUAUGCAGUAUUGCAGAAGGGGCCUCAUGAGGGCAGAAUAGAGGGGAACAAUCACCUCCCUUACUCUGCUACGCCCCUUUAUUGAUGCAGCCAGGAAACACUGGCCUUCCAGGCUACAAGAGCACAUUGCUGGCUCAUGUACAACUUAGGGUGGAUUUGUCGCCAUAUAUGUGCCUGGUGAUUAAGACUCUGUGUCUAACCGAUGCCAGUGAACCUGGUCCUGACCUCAGGCUUGUCUUAUCUGCACCGAGUUGUCUUCCAGCCUGGGCCCUUUGCUGCCACCCUGGGCCUGGCCUGCUUACUUUGCCGGGCACUGUGGGCUGGGACUCUGUCCUGCAAGGCCCCCACCUUGCUGGCACUGCACUUACUCCCUGUACCAUUGAGAGCAACUGGCCCUUACUGCACCAGAAUAUGCAAUGGAAAGUUGCACCAUUCUUGUAUGGAUUUUUUGGUCCUGCUCCUUCAAGACAGAUGGGUUGUUUUGGGCUGUGCACUGCACAUUUUGCAAUAAAUGGUAGUUACUAUAUGUUAAUUGUUCUAUUUUCACUGUCUACUCUUUAGGUUAGGCAUUACUGAAAUAGUGGAGAACUGAAUUCCAAAAUGGCCUUAAGGUUUUUUCAGGUCAGAGAAUAAGUUUACUGUUGGAUUAGAAAAUACAUUUGUCCCCUGCUUUGGACAAGCAAAAUGUUAAUACAUAUUCCUGAAUGACCCGUGUUUGGCAUUCAGGAAUUAAUUAGGCUGCUAAAGCAGCCUAAUUAACUCCUCCCUGCAGGAAGGUUGCUUUUCAUGAGGCACCUGAAGAUUGCAGAGUUGCUUCACCAUUUUCUAAAUAGGCUAUGCUGAAUGGCCCACAUUCAUACCAGGGUAGCACCUCUGCCAGCCAGUCAGGCUUUUGCAGCCUGAGGUGGGAGCUGAGUUUUAACAUUAACUAGGAAAGAAGAGCCCAGGCCUGACUCAGCCACCCACAUCCUGCUCCCUCCUUCUGGUGAGCACAGCAAAGUGACAGUGAGAGGACACCAGGCUGCCUGCUGCUCAAAGUGUGCUGUCAUGGAGAUGGAGUCCAGCAAUGUCCAGGCGAAAAAAGUUGCUGUUGUCGGAGGGGGCCUGGUGGGUGCAUUAAAUGCAUGCUUCUUUGCUAGACGAGGUUUCCAUGUUGAUGUUUAUGAAGCCAGAGAAGAUAUCCGGGCGUCCAGCUUUGCCCGUGGCAGAAGCAUUAACUUGGCCCUGUCACACAGAGGACGCCAGGCCCUGCAGGCUGUGGGGUUGGAAGAGCAGAUCGUGUCCAAAGGCAUCCCCAUGUGUGCACGGAGAAUACACACACCACUGGGGAAGAAGUACUCUAUCCCUUAUGGCAAGAAGAACCAGUACAUUCUCUCUGUGGACAGAGCAAACUUAAACAGAGAGCUGUUAACAGCUGCUGAGAAGUACUCCAACACUAAACUGUACUUCGGACACAAGUUAAUAGAGUGCAAUGCGGAGUUGGGGACGUUAAUCAUAAAAAGAUCUGGCCAGCUGCCCCUGGAAGUCACCUACGAUCUCAUCGUGGGAUGCGAUGGAGCCUUCUCGACAGUCAGAAAGCAGUUCAUGAGGCAAACGCGCUUCAACUACAGCCAUGAGUACAUCCCUCAUGGCUACAUGGAGCUGACCAUCCCUCCCAGGGAUGGAGAUUUUGCCAUGGAACCAAACUACCUCCACAUCUGGCCAAGAAACACCUUCAUGAUGAUUGCGCUGCCCAAUAUGGACAAGUCCUUCACCUGCACUCUCUUCAUGCCCUUCGAGGAAUUUGAGAAGCUAACGACUGGCGAGAAAGUACUGGAUUUUUUCCAGACCUACUUCCCAGACUCCAUCCCCCUCAUCGGAGAGCGAGAGCUGAAGCACGAUUACUUUUUGCUGCCAGCCCAGGCCAUGAUAUCUGUGAAGUGCUCCUCCUACCACCUCUCUUCCCGAUGUGUGCUGAUGGGAGAUGCUGCUCAUGCUGUUGUGCCUUUCUACGGACAGGGCAUGAACGCAGGCUUUGAGGAUUGCUUGGUCUUUGAUGAAUUAAUGGACCAGUUCCACAACAACCUGGGUGCCUGCCUCCCUGAGUUCUCCAGGCUGAGGGUGCCCGAUGACCAUGCCAUCUCAGAUUUAGCUAUGUACAACUAUGUAGAGAUGCGAGAGCACGUCAAUUCAACAUGGUUUAUUUUCCGGAAGCAGAUCGACAACCUCCUCCACACCCUCAUGCCUUCUACCAUCAUCCCACUGUACACAAUGGUGACAUUCAGCAGAAUUCGCUACCACGAGGCGCUUCAGCGCUGGAAAUGGCAGGAAAAGAUAAUUAAUCGAGGGCUCUUCAUUAUGGGAGCAGCAGGACUAGGUGUCACCUACCUGCUUGUGAAGAGAUUGACAUGGGACUGGUACUUCUUCAUACCAAACUUGUGGGGCUGGUGCCAUUACAUCAGGAACACUGGAAAUUUUCCCUUCAGCACUCAAGUGGCUCAAAUGUAACAGAAGGUUCUGGAGGCAAUGAAAGUGAAGGCACAGGCUGUUGGCCCAGCGUGGUGACUUUUUUCUCUGUUGAGAUGUGGUUGGCAGCUCCUGCAGCCCUUCUGUCCCCUGUCCUGGGUGAGAGGAACUCACUGGUGCACAGAGGGUCUGUCAAGCCUCUGCAGGGGCUUAUAUGCAUCUCUGCCUAAGCUGCUUUGUGCCUUGUGUGAUGCUGCAUGUCAUGGGCUGGGCACAAGUUUUAUGUACCGUAAUGGGGAGAAUGUGCAGCCUCCAGCCAGCAAGUCUGUUGGGUUCACUUGGGGCUUCUCAGUCCAUACUGGCACUGCGCCAGUAUGGCUGAAUUCUGCUCUUAUCAGAAUCCAGUCCCUCCCAACUUUUAUCCUCCUCAUAUGACUUUGGAAGCAGAUUGUCUUUGCUGGUUCCUCCUCUUAAAUUUCUCCUUAUGAAGCAGCUUAGUAACAUAUAUCUGUUGAAGAAACAUAUCCCUGUCUCAAUGUUGAUAUUUCUGACUAAAUAAAUCAAAAGAUAUCACGUA